AUGGAGGCUCUGUUUCUCACCAGAUACCUGGAGUAUAGUCUUGACUUAGAAGACAGGAUGGGACGUAAAAUAAACCUGGCACAUCUUUCCGAAGAUGAAUGUCGGACCAUUUUAGAAGUCAUCCAGCGAGAUUUCAAAUUACGCCAAGGAGAAGAAAAACGAAUCAAUGAACUACAAAAUGAAAUCAAUCAAGAAUUCGGCAAAAGCAAAAUCCUUUCCAAGCAAAAGAAAUUCAACCACAACUUCUGUAUGCGAUGCUUUUCUACUUUCUACUUCAUCUUCAACCGACGAAUCCAGUGUCGACAAUGCAACUUUAAUGUUUGCAAGGAGUGUUCAGAAUUUGACGAAAAGACGAAGUUGUGGACGUGCACAACGUGUCUCAAACAAAAAAUUAUCAAAGGGCAGUCAUGUGAGUGGUUCUACAAGCAGAUUAAAAGUCGGUUUAGGAGAUUUGGAAGCGCUAAAGUCAUCAGAUCACUGUAUAAAAGAAAACUUGAAGCUGAAAGUGAUCAUAGUAAUUCUGAUUCAGGUUACGACCAGGCCAGUUCCAGUCCGUCUUCCUCCAUGUACGGUAGCCAUGGCACCCUGCUCAGUGAACAAGUACCAACCAAGGACAGUUCUACUAAUACAUCAGGUAAGGUAUAUGAGCCAACUCCAGAUUCAGAUUCAGAUUCCGAUCCUGAAAUCCCUGGCCAAGGUUUUCACACUAUUAGUCAAGAACUUGAAAUGAUGAUGGCCCAAUUACAAGAAACUGAUGAUGUACUAAUAGCGAUUGAGAAGACCUCUAUUGGUGUGCAAGUACCUAAAGACGCAGUCCGUGAAGUUGAGGGCUUAGUUCUGGAUGCGACUGAUAUAUAUGGAAGAAGCCACUCAAGGAGAAGGGGAAAGCAUCAUCGUCGUAGACCCUACCGAGGGGAAGUCGCAGGCAUUGUGGGUAGCAUCCCAAGCCCUAUAGAAGAGCUAAUCACACCACCGAUAGAAGCCUUACCGAAAAUAGAUGAUGCCGAAAACACAGCUGCCACGCAAACUAGUGAAGAUAAAUCAACAGUUCAAGAGAGUCCUAAGAAGGUGAGGUUCAGAGACGCACCAGUUUAUGUCGAGCCAAGUUCACCAGAAGAUGAGGCACAUUUGUCACCUAUUAAGGAAGACAUUAUCAUGAACAGCACUUCUCCAUCGACACUGAAAGCUACAGGAUAUACAGAUGGAGAUGAUAGAUUCCAACAUGGUUUGAAAACCGGGAAAGAGUCUUGGCCGAAAACAACCGAGAGCGGUGAAGCGUGCAUUCUUGAUGAUCAUCCAGAAGCUUAUGAUCUCUCACCAGAAAGUCAAGAGUUUUUGAUGGAAAUGAACUUUAAAAACAAGACUAGAGGGUUAACAGAAGCGGACGGAAGUAGAAAAUCUUCUCAACCAGAGGGAAUGGAUUUAUGUCAAGCUGCUGCCUCCAAACUUGAAAAUUCAAGAUUAGAUUCAAUGUCAUCUUCAUAUAGGUUAAAAGGUCAAAAGUCAGAUUCAGUUGAUACACAUUGCAAUUCAGAUAGUAACCAUAGCAACAUUUCGACUCCUGCAACCCCUCCACCGAGCAAAGCCUCUGAUUCUGAAGAAACACACUCUAAUGGUAUCUUCGAUAAUGAACUUGAGCUUGAUCUAGAGCCAGACCUGGAGCAUCUUUCAACAAGUAUAAGCUCCGAAACUGUCAAAAGUGAAGGUUACUACACACCUGAUAUGAGAUCACCUGAGUCUAUGAGCAGAGAGGGUACAAUGGAGUAUGGUCUCAGCACCUACCAAUCAAAACGUGAGUUCGAGAACCACUCAUCUAGUGCUUCAGAGCACUCCACAGAAGACUCAAAUAUCGAGUACCUGACACCAUUAUCUGAGACCGAACCAUUUGGGAUAUGCGAAAUUGAUGGCACACAAGACAAUUUUUUAAUGAGAGAACUUAAUAAGAAGCUUGACUACUCUGAAACGUGCAAAGAAGACAAAGAAGAAGAUGCAAUUAAAAAAGUUGUACAAGAAGUUAUAGAAUCUUUAGUCAGUUAUGUUGUUGCAGUGACAGACAAUGUUUCCAUGGAAACUGUUUCUGAGUCAAAUGAUGCUGGUCUGAAUAAGAUGUAUGUUGGUUGUGGCAAAGAGUCUGUUGCAUAUUGCACUGCUGGAUUAGAAUCACUUCCUUCCUUUGGAGAUUCGGCCAUGUCGACUAAUUUGAAUGCUGAGCGUGAUUUGGCUGAGGGUGGAAAAGAAAUUCAUAUGGACCUGCCUGAUGUUGUACGACAUGAAAUACCAAAAGAGUAUAUGCCUGAGGAUAUUGUGAGGCACCAUCAGUUUCAGACGGAACAAUGCGCGAUUGUUGCUUAUAAUGAUUAUGUGCCUCAAGUUCAAGAGAAGUCGUUUGUCGGAAGCGGCCUUCCUGGUUCGCUCCCGCAAGUGCAAGGAAUAUCCCAUGUUGAUAGUGAUACAGAUAGUGAUGUCAGUGAUCAUCAUGAAAUCUCAUUGGAAUCUACCCUUGACAAUGUGCCUGUUAUGCAUUUGGAUGUCCAUGCUGGUCAUUUAAUUCAUGGUGAGAGCAGCGAUGGGGAGGAUUUAACGACAGAAGAUAUGAGACCACCCUCAUAUGAAAGUGCUAUCACGGGUCAGCAUCUGAAAGAUAUUGAUGAGCAUCCCGAAAUGGAAUAUAGUGAGAGAUCAGGUGCUAGCGUUCCGGUGAUUGAAAUCUCGGAGCCACGUAGGUCUCCAGUAGAUCCAGCUACCCUUUUUGAGCUACCAGAUCUCAGCUUUCCACCAGAUGACAUCGAUUCUUGCCAUGCCAAAUGUGACAAUGAAAGUGACGGCAGCUCAAUCAGUAGAUCUCCAACUUUAGAAAUGUUGGAACUUGAGAGCCGACUGACACCAGCAGAUAAUACCAAACCAUGUGACAUAUCUUCAGAGUUAGUAAAACAGCUCAGUGAUGGUGCUGCAGCAUCAACCUCAAAAUCAGAGAGGAUAGAAAAAGAGCUACUUACAAAUGGUCAUGCAAUUUCUGAUGAGGCACUUCUAUUUUCACCAUCCGAUGGUCCAAUUGGAAGCCAGAAUGCUUAUGAUGGUGUGAGUAAUAUGGCUGACUCAUUUUCAUUACUGCAUUUUGAUGCAGAAUCAACAGCAACCGAUUCGCAUGAGGAAACUUCUCGAUUAUCUCAGUCUGAGAAGUGCAUGUCACCUAGAAUGAAAACUGCCAAUGACGAUAUCAACUCUGCCAGCAGUCCUGUACUUUGUAUUUUUCCAACUUUCUCUGAAGUUUGUAAGCGCAGCGCCGAUGAUGAUACUGUUAGUAUUCCUGGUGUUGAUACUUAUAAACAAACUGACAAUGCAGUAGAUGAUGUGGGACGGGAUAGUCAUGUAGAAGAACAUGUCAUAUUUUCUGGACUUGAUCCUUUGCUUGCUCAUCAAGAAGAUUUUACUGAACAUGUUAGUGACUCGGACUCUGUCAGAUCCAUUGCUUCAUCGUCUGAUGGUGAAGACCUAUUUGAUGACGAUAUAUCUCACGAAUUGAAAGACCAUUUUUCAACUUCUGAAGAUGAUGAUGAUGACCUUGAUGAUGAUGUCGAUAUCGAGCUUCAAAGUGUUGCCAGCGUAUAUGAAGAAGCCUUGAGUCGAGCAGCUGCAAUGAGGGAACGUGAACGGACGCAUCGUCCAACACCACCUCCAUCGCCUAAACAUUCACCGAAGAAAAAGGAAUGCUUAGAGAUUGCCAACUUGACGAUGAAGGUAUCUCUAAAGCAAGGAGAGGUACUUGAGUCAGCCGAACAUGUCCUUGAUUCCGCAAACCAUAUGAGACAACUUCACAGUCAGGUGGAAGAACUAGAAGCAUACAUUACAAAUCUUGAAAAAGAAGUGAUUGGUCAGGACUCACUAGGUGACGGUUGCGCUAGCGAUGCCGAAACUUCCCAGAUGAAAUACCGAGAGACUAGUGAUGAAAGCGAAGUUGAAUCCGACCAACAAAUAAAAGAAGGUGCUAAGAAAUCCCAGGAGCAGUUAGUGGAAGAUGUUCAGGCAUUAGAAGAGGAACUUCUAGAAGCCACUGUCGACAGUGCUGAAAGUGAAAAAAGUGCCGCAACUGCUGUCAGAAUGAUUACGGAUACUGUUCUUAAAGUUAUCACUUCCACUGAAAAAUUCAUCACAGAAGAACAACAAAAUGAUGAAAGUGGAGCAAAUAGCGAGGAUGAAGAAGACAGAGAUGAAGAACCAGAGCCAUUAGCAGAAUUAUACAUCACAGAAAGUUCCAAUGAUUCCAGUCCAAUAAAACCAGCAGAUAAUUCUUGGAUGUUAACGAGAUUGCAAGUAGAUGAACCUGAUAUACUAUUUGAUGAAAGCCAGAGUGCUAAAGUACAUGAAGAGGUCGCCACUAUUGAAGAACGAGUGUACAUGUCUGCUGGAAGGGUGUUCUCAUUGGAGGAGAAAAUUCAAAUCUUGGAAGGCCAGGUGGAUCAGAUUGAUCAAAACUCCCCUGAACAUCAAAUAACUGAUUUGGAAGACAAAGUAGCAUUAGCUAUUGCACAAGUAGCACAGAGUGAACAGCAGGUGCUGAGCAUAGAAGAUAGAAUAAUUGCUCUAAACCAUGCCAGCCAAGGUGCCAUUGGAAGGAAGUACAACACUCAGUACUCGCUCGACUCGAGCAUUCCAACUGCAAGAGGUGCCGCCUGCAGUAGGUCAUCUAUGCUACUGAAAGGUCAAAGUUCAAAUCAUGGUGCUACUCAUGGUUUACUGCAGAAGCCAACCUCCUUGGAUUUACCAAUGAGGGAGAGAUCCGUUUUCCAUAGAGGAAGGGGGUCGAGGCCUAGACAAAGGGGGAAUGUUGCAGCAAGGUGGAACCCAGCAGCACCCUUACAAUAUUCAGAUUGUUUUGGUGGAGCUAGUGGUGGAAGGGUGACCUCUCAAAAUGAGCCUGAGGAGGUCAAGUCAGGUAGAACGUCAGUCAAGCAAAGAGCCGCAUUGUUUGAAACACAGUCUUCUACAGAAUCUGUUAAAAGUGAAAGAACGGUGAGUGGAAGCAGUUCAUCAACUUGUCGCCAAAUGGAGGAGAGAGACAGCAAUGGUAGCAAGAGUGAUCAGUUCCAAGAAAGACCACACAAGGGUAAACACAUACCUGAUAUUUGUCUGACAAAAUACCUAGGUUCUCGACCACUUCAUUUAGUGGAGGUAUGCCGGUUGUAG